AUGGACUACAGCCUGCUAGGUUCUUCGUCAUCAGGUUAGUUAUUUGAUCAUUUCCCUUUGAAACUUUAGAUUUACAUUUUUCUUUCAAGUGUGAAAAUAAUUCUUGUUUAACUUCCAUCUGGGAAAGUUUUAUCCCAACAACCUCUUGAUGAGGUCUCCUUCUCCAUUAAUUUCCUAGUUUCAUUUCUUAUGUAUUUUUAUCUAAACGGUCAUUUCUGGUUAUUAUCAAUCCCAAUUUAAAAAAAUAACUCGAAAAGAUCAAAUUCCAUUUCAUUUUAUUUUUUCGUCGUUUCCAAUUUCACAUACAUUUGUAUAUUUUAUGCAUCCAUGACCUCGUCGAUGAGGAAAAAUAAGCUGCAGAGAGAUCAGACUGAUUCAAGUUGAGGCAAAUUGAUUAUAUUCUUGCUUUUAUUUGAACGUCACUGUUCCCCAAAAUGAGUUCAUUGUACGGGUUAGAGAUGACUCUGGAAGGUCUUUGCACAAGACAAGGACUUUCCUGGCUGCCUUUCCUAUUUGCUUAUGAUAAACGCUUCGUCCACACCCUUCGUUUCACUGAUUGUUCCGCAUGAAAUUCUCAUAUAUUCGAUUUCCCAGUCAUGAAUUAUGGACCGCCUCUCCCGAUCGUUCCUAUGACCAAUAAUUUUCCACUUUUUUUUUUACAAUUUCAGAUAUCUUUAGAGUUCAGUCGUCUUUCUUAGUUCUUUCUUCUCGUUUUCAAGUGUACCAAGAUCACAACUUGUAGAGUGAAAAAAUAAAAAAAAGGUGUCGUUCAUACAUAAUCAAUUCACCGCAAUUUAAAAAAAAAGAAGAAAAUAUUGGCUUGAAGUGUUCAGUUUGGAAGUAUAAGUGUUGCGGCGCAGUUAAAAACAUGGCAAUAAAUAUGGGAUUUGAGAAAUUAGAUUUAGAAGUUUCUUCUUUUUCAACGGUAUGUUAGAAACAGCAGAAAUUUCCCUUUCAUAAAGUUAAGUGAAUUUUUUGAACUGCUAUUGAAAUAUUCAAUUUUGACGUAAACGCCAAUUCAAAUCGACUGUUCAUUUUUUCAUUUUAUAACCCUCUCUGCGCUAGCUGGUUUCGUUGUUUUUUGCAAAAAAGACCGUAUACCAAAAUGGACAAUUCGACCAACAUCGCUUUAAGACCUAUUUUCGCUGUCUUUUUUCACUUUAACGGUGAAUUCUAUUUUGUGUAAACAAACCCAAAGAAAAAUGAACUGUGAUUUUCUACGGUACCUCGACUCCAAGUGAACCGUUGCAAAUUUAGGAAAAAAAUUUUUAAAAAAAUGGUUUCAAUUUGUCGAACAUCUCUUCAUGUGUUCUUAUUUGACUUUAAUCUCUUUUGGAAACUUGAACGCGCAGGGGUCAAUCCGCUGAACUGUUCAGGUAGCAUUGCAUUUAAUGGAAUUGUGCCCAGACGUGACUCACACUCUGCAUCAUUUUAGGAGAUUCUUUUUGAAAAGCAAAAAUCGGUGCAGACACUUUCUGCAUAUUUCGAUCAAAAGACGUGCUAUCUAGACGAUUCAGAAGAGAAAUGAAAUCACGCGAAGUAUGCGCAAAGGGUUUCAGCUGCUCGAAGAAAUUGAUAGAUACAAAUGAAUGAAAACUGAAAUGAAGAGGUCACCAGUCCAAAAAUUCUACAGCAAGUCUUUUAUCGCGCAUCACCAUCAUUCCCCGGUGUCUCCGAAACUGCUGAUUCGCUUUUAUGCAAAAGAUAUUAUCGUUUUGCCAAAAAGAGAAUAUUUGCAACCUCCUCGAUUUCAGGGAUGUCGCAGAGAGCGCAGUUCUUGAUCCUGCUGCUGCUCACUGGAACUUGUCUCUUCCUGUUGUUGCAAAUGAGAUCUUCCAACGUGAGGCUUGCAAGGUUUUGAACAAUACAUAAGGAACCUUUUCAGGUUUCUAGAGAUAACUCUUCUUUUCACAAGGGCCAAAAUUCUGCAGGAGAAAAGGUGAGUCUUUUUUUUUUGUUCGUUAAUGUCAGAUAAAUUUCCUUUCAAAAUUUUCUACUUUUAAACUAUCUAUUAAAUCAUAUAUCUUCCAAGAUUGCUUGACAGCCACAAAUAAUUUUCAAACUUCUGACUCAGAUCGGCCUUCAGAGGGUUUCGAACAUGUUUUUUUCGAAGAAUAUAUAAAUUUUUUUGAAUUGUUGAAUAAAUGAAUCCGAAAAAAAUCUUCAAAUAGACGGGAAACCAAAAUCACUAUAUAUUUAAAAAAAUAAGAAACUUCUUCGAUUACACCGUUUUUUUACAGAAAAAGGAUGUUGUCGAAAAAAAAGAGUUCGGGGACAUGUACAACGAGUGGAAUGAGUGCAUGAUGAAGAGCGUUUCAAAAUACCGCAACAACCACACCGAGGUUUUUUUCCCAUCUGUUCCAAAUAACCUCCUUAUUCUUCCAGUUGUGGGGAAACUUGUGGAAGGCAGUGCAAGAAUGCGAAAAACUCCCUUCAUUAGCGACUCUCAAGAUUUUAGACUUCAGCAACUCUGACGAGACUAAACGCAGUAUUCUUCCCAAAAUAGUGAUUUUUUGAUACAAUACCGGUUUUGAUUGAAGUUUUCAGCAAGAGCCGAGUGUUAUAGUUACGCUUGGAGUUGGACACGACACCGCCGCUGAAGAAAAAAUACAAAAGGUUUUUUUAAUGCGAUUGAUGAAACGUUCUGAAACUUUUUUUUCAGAAAUGUAAAGUCAGCGUAUUUAAUCAAGUUUUGAUUACUUUGAAAUAGAGAAUUGAAAAAAAGAAAAUUUCAAGUUUUGAGGUGUUGCCCCCUGGUUCGCUGUUUUUCGGAGCGGACCCCAUUCAAGAUAUUAAUGAAAAGCUCUACACCAAACUGGGACUCUACUUCCCAUUUGCGGUCGGCGCCAACGCCGGCAUGUCUCAGGCGGAUGUCCUUAUUGGCAGUCCGUCAUUUAGAAAAGAACCAACAUUUGCCAAAUGAUGUCUCUUUUAGAUGCCUACACUAAAAAGACAGUGGUGCACGUGGAUUUGAUCUAUUUCUUGAAGAAUAUCAUCAAAAAGAGAUGCGAGUUUGUCUUGCGUUAAAAAUUCUAUUUUUUUAUUCUAGUUUUACGACGAUGUUUGGAUCGACGCGGAAGGCGCCGAGUACGACCUCUUCCCUUUCUUCGACAACGGGGGCGAACUUGACCAAAACCAAAUUACGUUUUGCAUGUUUAACAUGGAGGUUUUUAUUUUAAGUUCGAUAGACUUACUUUUCUUUUUGAGGUCCACAACCCUACGGACGAACAAAAGAAGCUGUUCCACGAGUUCACACUCCGCAUCCUUCGGGAUGGCCGCUAUGCGUUCUUCAGACCCGUCCAAGCUAGCCAUAUUCGACUUUUCUAUGUUAAUUUUGAUGACCAAAGAUGUGCUAAAAAGUAUAUUCUUUGA